AAGAGCUCAGAGAUUAAGGGGUUUGUCUGCACCGCCAACAACAAGGACGGCUCACUCUGCGUAACUUGCCAAAGAGGAAGGUUGAUUCAAGUUUUCUCUAAAUGUGCAACUUUUGCAACUAUUAGAGAUAAGACUUUUUUGCCAAACGAGCAGUGGAUUUUUUUCUUUUCUUUUGUUCAUCUGCCCAUGCAAUACAUGCAUAACUGAGUGUGGGGAAAAGGCAGCUACCAUCUAAAUGCCUGUGUGAGUCUGUGUGAAUUAAGGAGCCUGAGUUUUUUCCCAUGUCAAAGGUGAAGGAUUAUGCCUGGCAUAGGAAUGUAGUCUUCAAUUGAAGGAUUUUAUGAGUCUCAACAACUCCCAAGCAGAAUGUGAACAUUGGUUUGUGCUACGGGCUUGUGGAUGAGGAUGUAUUUGUAAAUCAGUUUUGGGUGCCAUGCUAUUCCUUAGCAGUGGGACCGUGGAUGUGACCCCAAGGAGUACAGCUAUUGGCCAACAGCAGCAGGGCAAAACUGUUUACCACAUCUCUGUAACCCUGAACGAAACACAGGGAGAUGCACUGGUGUCAGGACUGGGAAUGGGCCGGGUCACCCACACCUUGGUUGAGGAUUGCCAUCGAGGAGGAGAGAUGAUGAGUGUAGUGCCAAUGGAGAACAGCCCCAGGCUGGGCAGGGCACGGCAAGAGCUCGACAGGUGGCCCUCCCUGAGCCGCACAGGUAGAGCUGGGAGGCAAAGAGAGGAAGUAGUUGAGGAAGAAAAUGAGGAGGAGCUGGAGGAGGUGGAGGGAAAAAUGAAGACAGACAGGUUUUUGAAACAGCCCAGCAAAAACUCAGGUAACUCCUCACAGCAAGGCAGAGACGCUGCAGAGUCAGUCACUCUGACAGACACCCAGGCGCAACACAUUCAGAGCUCAACAUUACGACCUGUCACCGUCCAUGCUAAAGGGCUUGUCUUUGGGGAACAUGGCACUGUUGCAGGACAUAGCUCUCUGCCCCGGGCUGUGUUGCGAAGGACGCGCCAGGAUGAAGCCCCGCUGGGUAGGAGAACGGUAAGCAUGUAUGGCGACUCAGUCAAACAGCAAAAAGAUUCUCAACCUGAUCAAGAAAGGCGGCUGCGGAGGCCCAGGAGUGUGUGCAUGCUGGCAGGCCCAGGUCCAGUCCUGUCUGAGCCUCAGACCCAGCACCCCGUCAACAGGGCAGGCGUUUUGGACAGCAACCUGCAGAACAGGAGCAGGAAGGCUGAGCUGAGGGCUGUGGAUGGCCUCAAUCCUGCUCAGCGGCCUUUGUUUCUCGCAGAGGUGACCCCCAGGGUCAGCCAGAGGAACUGGAAGGCCAGGCCUGUCAGUAUGACAGUGCUGGAGCUAAGAAAGAGGGGCUCUGAUGAUGAGAUAGACAGCCAGAGGAGCGAUGGAGUAGGCUUUCUCAAAGGGGGAUUUCAUUGGAGGCUUUUUGGCAAAGCACCUCCUGAUAAAAGCAAAGAGAAGGAAAGUGACAAAGAUGCAAAAUCUUCUCCCAAAUCUUCUACAUCUGAUGCUCCAAAAAGUACACUGAGCUCGUUAAGACGGAGCCUCAGCCUGCGAAUCAGGAGGACUCGGCCCAGGGACAAAGUUACUCUAGGGUCUGAAAGGGAAUUAAAGGAGUGCUCUCGGAAUACAUGUACGGCCGAGGAGACAACAAUGAGUCCACGGCCCUUUUCGUAUCUCACAGGAAGAACACUUCCAACUUCCAGUGAGCAGAUUGAGGAUGGGGGAAUGCAAUACUUUCAGUACCACAGCAGGGGGGAGGUCAAAGUAAUGGAGGUACCCCUAUGUCCAACAAAACUGUCUUCCAAACCAGUUCAGGAAGAACCAAGCAUAUGGCAGCUUAUAGCCAACCGUUUCAGGCGGAAAGAGCAGACAUUCAGUGGCAAAUGUGAAAACCAGCAGUCCGAGAGCAACAACACCGGCCAAGAUCCCCUGGCAGAGAAUAAUAAGUCACUGCCAGUCGCCAUAGAGACUCUGGCAGGCAUUGACUCCCACAAAGGUCAAGACUCUUUCGUCAACAGCCAGGAAUGGACAUUGAGUCGGUCAGUGCCAGAGCUGAAAGUGGGCAUUGUGGGAAAUCUGUCCAGUGGAAAGUCUGCUUUGGUCCACCGGUACUUGACGGGCACAUAUGUGCAGGAAGAGUCUCCUGAAGGUGGACGGUUCAAGAAGGAAAUAGUGGUGGAUGGACAGAGCUACCUACUUCUGAUCAGAGAUGAGGGAGGGCCUCCAGAAUUGCAGUUUGCUGCCUGGGUGGAUGCGGUGGUGUUCGUCUUCAGCCUGGAGGAUGAGAUCAGCUUCCAGACAGUCUACAAUUACUUCUUGCGCCUAUCCAGCUACAGGAACACAGCUGAGGUCCCCAUGGUGCUCGUUGGAACACAAGAUGCCAUCAGUGCUGCCAACCCCAGAGUGAUCGAUGACUCGCGAGCCAGAAAGCUGUCAAACGACCUGAAGCGCUGCACAUAUUACGAGACCUGCUCCACCUAUGGCCUGAAUGUGGAGCGCGUCUUUCAGGACGUUGCCCAGAAGGUUGUGGCCAUGAGGAAAAAGCAGCAGCUCUCUAUUGGUCCGUGCAAAUCUCUCCCCAACUCUCCUAGCCACUCUUCAGUCCCCGCUGCAGCCAUCCCCUCUGUUCACAUCAACCAGGCGGCCAAUGGUGGGGGUGCGUUCAGCGACUACUCCUCCUCUGUUCCCUCCACCCCCAGCAUAAGUCAGCGGGAGAUGCGCAUUGAGACCAUCGCUUCCUCCAACACGCCCACGCCCAUCCGCAAGCAGUCGAAGCGCCGCUCCAACAUUUUCACAUCACGGAAAGCCAGUGAACAAUCAAAGAGCGUUGACAGUAAAACAGACAGCAUAGGCAGUGGAAGGGCCAUACCUAUCAAACAGGGAAUCCUUCUGAAGCGAAGUGGCAAAUCCCUCAACAAGGAAUGGAAAAAGAAAUAUGUCACACUGUGUGAUAAUGGCGUCCUUACUUACCACCCCAGUUUACACGACUACAUGCAGAAUGUGCAUGGGAAAGAGAUCGACUUGCUGAGGACAACGGUAAAGGUUCCUGGGAAGCGACCGCCCAGAGCCGUGGCAACCGUCGCCCCGACAGCUAGUCCCAAAACCAACGGGCUGACCAAGGACCGCAGCACCCUGCAGCUGGGCAUCGGAAACACAGGUGCUCCUCACUCCAACAGUAGUUCGUCCCUGCAGACGGGCGCCUCGUUGUUUGGCAGCAGUAAAGACGGCAUGCACCAACGCUCCUUCUCUGUGUCCAGCGCCGACCAGUGGAAUGAAGCCAUCAACACCAGUACAAGCAGCGGAGCCCCCAAUGGAGUGAGUGAUCCUGCGAGCUCCAGUGUGGGCAGCGCCACCAGUCCAAAGCUUGAGCCGCCUCCUUCUCCACACGCCAACCGCAAGAAGCACAGACGGAAAAAGAGCACGGGCAUCACAAAGCCCGACGGCUUAUCUGCAGGCAACGAAGAACAAGAGGAUUCCUUUGAGUUCAUCAUCGUGUCGUUGACGGGUCAGACGUGGAACUUCGAAGCCUCUACGUACGAGGAGAGGGAGCUGUGGGUCCUAGCCAUCGAGAGCCAGAUCUUCGCCAGCCUGCAGUCCUGCGAGAGCAUAAAGAACAAGUCUCGGUUAGGCAGCCAAAGUGAUGCAAUGGCCAUUCAGUCCAUACGGAACGUGAGGGGGAACAGCUUCUGUGUGGACUGUGAUGCACCCAACCCCGACUGGGGCAGUCUGAACCUGGGCUCCCUGGUGUGCAUCGAGUGCUCGGGGAUCCACAGGAACCUGGGCACCCACCUGUCCCGCGUGCGCUCCCUGGACUUGGACGACUGGCCGGUGGAGCUCAGCAUGGUGAUGACGGCCAUCGGGAACGCCAUGGCCAACAGCGUGUGGGAGGGGGCUCUGGAGGGCUACAGCAAGCCAGGCAACGACACCACCAGGGAGGAGAAGGAGUGCUGGAUUCGAGCCAAGUACGAGCAGAAGCUGUUCCUGGUGGGCUUGCCGCAGUCCGACGUGCCCCUGGGCCAGCAGCUGCUGCGGGCCGUGGUGGAGGACGACCUGCGGCUGGUGGUGCUGCUGCUGGCCCACGGCACCAAGGAGGAGGUCAACGAGACGUACGGGGACGGGGACGGACGCACCGCGCUGCACCUCUCCUGCGCCAUGGCCAACGUGGUCAUCACGCAGCUGCUCAUCUGGUACGGAGUGGACGUGUCGAGUCGGGAGGCUCGGGGUCAGACCCCUCUGUCCUACGCGCGGCGGGCCGGCAGCCAGGAGUGCGCCGACAUCCUGCUCCAGCACGGCUGCCCCAACGACACCAGCAGCCUGUCGUCCGUGGCAACGCCCAACAUGAGCCGCCGCAACCCCAACCCCAACAUCAACAACAACAACGCCCAGUGCGAGCUCAACCGUAGCAUCAGCAUCAUGUAGAGACGAGACGCAGAUAGACCCCAGCGCCCACCCCCCCCCCCCCUCUGCUUCACACUGUGUAACCCAGAAUCCUUACCAACGCAGAGAGAGUGAUGGACUCAUUGUUAAUAUUCCACUAUGCUCAAAGAAGUGGUAGUUCGGGGGUCGGACAUUGUACAUUGUUUGUUUUAUAUAAUUGUUUUUUUAUUUGUUGAAUUUGUUCUAUCUUGGUCUGAAACAAUCACGAUCAGCUUUAAGCUUUGUGUUUUUUAAGCGCCAACCAAACAAAUGACUUACUUUGGCAUUCAUACCUACCCUACGAAAAGCAUUUCCUUAAUGCUUGAACAUUUCCUUUUUAUGUCUUCCCCUUCUGCGACGUGAACUGAUUUCAUAAUGAGCUUGAAAUGAGAGAAACUUCCUUCACAUUUCCAAGCCUGAGCAUUAUAACAUAAAUCUGUGAGUAAUAGUUUAACAAGUGACAAAAACACUAAGGGAAACUAAAUCUUCCAUGAUCCCAGUGGCUGUUACAGCUUUAGUAAUGAUGCAUGUCUUUAACACAGCUAUCAAACUCUUGACAUACUAUUCAUAUACAAAGGCAAAGCAAUUAUAGAUGAAGAGUCCAAAUGAUUUAGAUACUUAAUUCACAGGAAAAUGGGUUCGGAUCAUCAUAAAGGAGUUGAUUGCAGAAUUCCUGUCGGGGUGAAAGUAAGUCAUUUCCUUCGCCACCCUUAUCGUGAUCCUCCAGUAAAAGUGUCCGUGACUACAAAGGAAUUAAGGGGCAUCGUGUUUUAUGACCAUCGAGCCACACGGCUUUGUAAGCGUGCCUCUUCAAUCAGAAUUCAUUCAAAUUCAAAGGUUUGAUUGAAACAGUGAGAUCACACUGAUAAUGAUGUCUUUGUUGGAGUAAUUCUCCGAUUGACUCGAUUGUGUUGGUAAUUAUUUGACAUAGAUAGAUACUGGAAUAUCCUUCCACCUCCCCGCGGCCACAGCCUGUAGAAGCGGUACUCACGAGAUGAUUUCCUCUUUUGUUGCUGUGAAAUACAUAUAUGAUACUGUGUGUGUGCGUCCGUGCAUAACUGUACAACACGUGUGUGUGUGUGUGUGUGUGCUUACGUCUUUCAUCUGUGAUAGCAGAGAGCCACCGGGCAUUUCUGUUCAUAAAACAUUUACACCAGAGAGAAGACACCCGCAGUGAAGAUUUUGGAACAUAACUGUGUUUGAAUGUACAGACGUCUGUAAAAAGUAGUUCUUGUUCCUUCACCUUAUUCCUUAUAAGAACAUACUUAGACUUUUAGAGUCCAGAAAACAACCUCUUUCCUUUCCCUUCAAACUGUGUCGGCUUAAACGCAGAGAGUUAACAAAAAGCAUUCAAACGACAUUUAGGAUUAAAGUGAGCUGGGGGUUAAAGUAGCUUGACUCUCUUUGCAUUAAGUAAUACAAAUGUACAGUAUUCCACUGACAUAAGCUGAUUAAUUUAUAGGUAAGAAAUUAAUUCAGGUGGAGUUGGCACAAUGUGUAUUUACCCUUUGAUUCAACUGCCAAUUUUAAGGUUUUUAAACCGUCUUGAUUUUAUGAGUUUACAAGAGCAGGAUAUAUGUUUACAGAGGCAGUUAUUAACUUUGUGUACCUUUUUGUUCAGGUUUCUGUUGUUGCUUUACAAUAUUUCUGUUCUAAGAGCCCACAGGGACUGAAUUAUGUGGUCAAACGAGGGUGUUUGUAAAUCGAUGAAAUGGCGAUAUUGUAAAGAAAACUGUGAUAUUUUUGGGACAGCUUAUUUGCUUUCUUGAUCAGAACAUCCAUUACACUCGUGUGUGUGUGCAUUUAGUACAGACCUGGAGUCUGGAGGGGAUUAGCAUGGCCUAGCUAACAGUUAGCCUGGUUUAGCAUAAAGUUACACCAUGUGGCGACGUCUUAAAAAACACAUUUUAAAAUUGUACUUUCUUUUUUUUUGUUCUAAUUAAAUACAGAAGACACCAGACUUUAGUGCAAGACACUGGUGUAAGUAAAGACUUUGAACCUACUUCCGUAACAUGCAUACUUUUUUAAAAACAUGAUAGUUUUGAUGCGUUUUUAUUUAGUUUUGUUUCAUUUUACAAUGUUACCCAGUGUUUAAAACAGCCUGCUGGCUUCACCUCUGUACUUAACGCACAGGAAUGAGAGUAAUAUCGAUCUUUUCAUCAAGAAAGCGAAUAAGAACUUUUCCCAACAUCCUUAAAAUGACCACAAAUUCAACUAAAACCUUCAAAUGUACUUGUACUGAACAGUGGUACUUGCCUUAUUUCUGAUUUACUUGACCGACUGAUUUCAAAAAGUACAUUUCAGUGUCCAAGGGGAUUAUGAGAGGAGUUUAUUGUGUAAAGAUGACCUGAACCCUUAUUGACAUACUGUAGAGGAGAUGAUGAAAAGACACUAGAAGAAACCUGCCUGUUUUCCCUUAAACAUCAAUUGGAAGUGUAAAUAUUAGCUAAAGCUUUUAUCUGAAGACGAGCUCCUCCUAGAGAAACAAACUAAACUGGUUUUAGGUCUCCUUUGAACCAUUUUUUGAUACGUUGGUUUUUUUUUGUUUCUCUUUAGACAUAUUUUUAAGGUACUUCUGUUUGGUUUCAUUAACCGACCAUCUUUGGUACUUGUGUAUAAUGAUGUACAUUUGACAUAUUUAUAAUGCAGUUUGUAAAUAUCUUUUUUUUGUUUUGUUUUGUUCAAGUUAUUUUCCUAUUGUAAUUCCUUUUACGUUCAGAACGUGGAACAAAGCUAAAGAGUAACUUGGUGUAUGCUUGGAUGCUCGGCUGACUGUUGACCUAUAAAUAAACACUCAAAUAAAACGAUGUAGCCUUCCCUGCAUUUGGGGAAAUCGA